GAUUAUUUUCAGGCAUGCUAUUGCUUUAGGUGUGAGCUUCUCUGUUAUGAUCAUUAGGAUUGUAUAAGCAAGCAAUCAUGGCAUCAGAUGUUUCCAGCAAUGCUCAUGAAUUGUUGGGUGCUAAGAAAAGUACUGAAUUCCACUCAAUUCUAAAACACUUGGAUUCUACUCAACAAAAUUCACAGGGCAAGGCUCUCCUGAGCUUCAGUGUGGAGCAUGGACGUUCUACUCAAGCUGGACGAUUUCAUGAAAUUGUUAUAAUUUCUGAUAUACUCCUAAAGAAUCUUCACAAUUACUGGCCUCACAAUGCUUCCUUCAUUCCAACCAUUAUUACUAAAAUGGAUUUGCAGCUCUCUGAUGUGAGCCAUAUUAUUGACACUUAUUUGAGCCAAGUUCCAGCUUCAUUUAAGAAGAUCCUGUUCGUGGUGCUGCUCCGUCUCAGUGAGGUUUGGGUUGGAGAAGAUCAAGAAGAAUGUGUUGAGUCCAACUCCAAGACUCCCAAAACCAUGGCUUUGCACAUUGAGAGAGCAACUUCAGAUCAUUUCUUAUCUGCUUACAAAUCGAUCCAAACCUCUUUUGGGAACAGGGCAGAUGUUGUGUUUGCUCAUGUUAUCCCGGCUGGAUGGCAUCUUAUGCAAAAAUGCCUGAACAUCCCUACGGACAACUUGACUCAAGAAAUGUCCACUGAAAAUUCUUCAGGCUAUGAUGUAUUUGACACCAAUGAAAAGAGUGAAAAAGUUAACCUUGUGCGAAAAUUUCUGUGGCAUUGUUUUCAAGUGAAUAAUUUUGUGAUCAACUCACAAUUGAGCUCCAUACUUGGACUUCCAUCUUGGAAUCUGUUUCCAUGGGAUGAAGAUUUCCGAGGAGACCACUGCUCGGUGAGCUCCUUGUCAUCUCAUGCAAUCGAUAGAGAUUUUACUGACAAAGACCUACUCUCAAUAUGCUCUAAAAUAUGCGAGUUGACCCACACUUACCAAUUGGAUUCAUCUCUUGAAAUAGCGGAGUUCCCGCCCACGAGCAUUCCUGCUUUGGAAUCUCCAAUUUCUAAGCUAGUUGUCAUUUGUGAUGUAAAAAUGAAGAAUCUCGGUGAUGUUUGGCCUUCAUCAUUCUCACUGCGGCCUUCGAUUGAAGUCUGCGGAGUUCUGAAACCUACUGAAUUAGUUGACAAGUUGAAAAAUAUAAAUUCCACGGAAGACCGCAUUGCCUUCUUGUUCAUUCCCAGCAUCCGUAAUUUACUAAGUGUUGAAAAAAUUCAGAGCUGUGCAAAUCACGAAGUUCUUAAGUAUCCAUGUUGCAAAUUCAAGGAGGAUGGAUCCAGUUGGGUGAAGUCAACUGUAAUUCCAAGGAUGGGUGAAUUCCGGCGAGCAGUUCAUGAAACCUUCCCCAACUCCCUCGUAAUAUUUAGCUGCGUUCACUGCAUCAAGUUUGAAAUUAUCUUCGACAACUUGCUCAAGAAACACAUAAAAGACACGGGUCAUGAUUUAAAACCGACAAUUUCUUUGGAAUUCGUAGAAUUGCAGAACAAAAAUCUUGCAGCGUCGGUUGAAGAUCUGAAUCACGCAAUUUCUACAGACAUUCGCGACAAAAGCGCUUUGAACAUUAAUGCUUUUGACUUUCUAGAUGUCACCGAUCCCCAAUGUGUGUCCAACUUCAUGCCCGAUGGAAUGAACUUGAAUUCCCUGGGCUUGGCGAAACUGGCAGUAAGUACAAUGAACCAGUUAGCGUUUAUUGAUAAUGCGUUCUUCAACAAUGUUCUCGCGUCAAAUCCCAGCAACACCAAACAAAACUCGGAUGACUUAACCGAUGAUGCCGAUGAUGAUUGUAAAAUUAUCGAUGUUAAGCCAAAUAUAUCAUGGCUUGCUAUUGAAGUGCCAGUUGUUGAAGGUCUAACUCAGACUUCAGAGAGCAAAUUUGGUCUGAAACCAGCGGGAGACGUGCAUAGUCUAAACAAUGCUUGCGAUCCUCCAGCAAUUGCAUGUGAUGAACCAUCAGUUUCAUGUGCUGCAGCACCCUUUGCUUGCGAAGCCUCAAUGGCUACAUGUAAUCUAACUGGUGUUUGUGAUGGUCCUUUCGUGGCAGUUGAUGCGUCUCAGAUACUUUCCGUCGAAUCAGCUUCUAAUCAGCAUGUACCGUCUCUCAUUGCCGACAGUUAUGCUGUUGGAAAUGAAAUUCCCUCCUCCCUGGACCAUUCCAUUUCAACCACUAGGAAUUACCACGAUCGGACGAACGCCGAGUUUUCCACUGGUGAUAUGACUGAACAAUCAAUUGAAAAUGAAUGCAUUAUCAAAUCACUUGAUGACUGGUACACGGACGCAGGUGUUCCUGUUUUUAAAAAACGGGUCUGCCACUUGGAAGAACUCGAUCCCUUGUCAUCAAUUUCCGGAGACAGAAUUUCGAAUUCAAGACGAGGCGAACAGUCCAACUCUCAUCGCCGUCGAUAUACUUCAAGCUCUCCUGAGAAGUCCCGAGGACGACGAAGCCAUAACGAGAAACCGUUGUUACAUAGACGUCGAAGCCGUGAUACAGUUAGUCCUUAUUAUCGCUCGCAUCCGAAAUCCAACUCCAAUACGACAUCAUAUCAUAAACAUACUCGUGAAGGAAGUAGAGAACAUAAAAAACAUGUUUCACACCGAUAUCAUCGUGUGAAUGAAUCGUCAUCACAUCACCAGCGUUCCCGAGACAAUAUACGGGUGCACAAAAAAUGUUGUACAAAACGAAAAAGUCAAGAGCAUGACCUCCCUUGCCGCUGCACAGACCUCCGCCUUUUGUUGAACACCUCUAACCAGCACCAGCUUCAAAUUAGAUUCAGAUCUGGUGGCAGGAAGCAACGGGAUUGUGACCGAAAGUAUAGGGAAAAGCUCCAAUUUUCUGAGCGGACCGCUCGUUCCCGAAGUCGAUCUUCUCCCAUGCGAGUCGUAAAUUAUUACGCCAGUCCGCAACACCAGCGAUCUCCUUCUUUGCGUCCAUCUGGAUCAAAUGAAAAAAAUAUUGGCUUUGAAGAUGAUGCACACUCUAGAUCUAACAAGAACUCGCUCACAUUAAAUAAACAUAUUCGAGAACCUAGCAUCGAAUGCCUUGAAGAAUUAUGGCAUGAGGUGCCACGAACUGCGUCAAGAAAUGAACUUGAUCGUCUAGAAGACAUCUCUUCGACACGCGAAGAAUUGUUUGAGCAACCGCUUUCUGAACAUGAUCCAUUAGAAAACAUCUCGUCCACAGGCGAAGAAGUGUUCGAGCAACCGCUUUCUGAACAUGAUCCACUAGAAAACAUCUCGUCGACACGCGAAGAAUUGUUCGAGCAACCGCUUUCUGAACAUGAUCCAUUAGAAAACAUCUCAUCGACAGGCGAAGAAGUGUUCGAGCAACCGCUUUCUGAACAUGAUCCAUUAGAAAACAUCUCGUCCACACGCGAAGAAUUGGAUGGUCAACCUGCGAUUCUAGAUGCUACGAACAAGCGAAGUUUCGAUAAUUUUAACAUAUAUUCCGAUUCUGUACGUGAUCCUCAUUCUUCGAGAGAAUAUUUGAACCGACCAGAAUCAUAUGCACUCAAAGAUGUUCGAUCUGUAAAUUCUCGAUCACGUGAAUAUUUACGUCGCACCCGUUCUAGAUCACGUAAACAUUUACGUCACGACCGUUCGCGGUCACGUGAAAAUUUACUUCGCAAACAUUCUCAGUCAGAAGAAUAUUCACUUCGCGACCUAGACUGCCGUCCUAGAUCCCAAGAUUUACAAGAUCGCCGUUCACCAUCACGAGAUGUACGUUUCCCUAGAUCACAGUCUCGGAAAGAUUCCCGUCAACUCGAAUUUCAUGAUGAUUUUCUGUUAUCAAGAUCUCGAUUCCGCGAAUACAGCCUCUCUGAGAAACCUGCAGGAGAACGGAAAGAGCGGAAAGAAACAAAGGUCUCCGGAAACUCUUCUGGGUCUCGGGUAGCGCUACCAGGACCUUCUGCGUCAGAGGCUCCUGCCAUAGGAUGGCAAGACAAUUUGAAAGUCUGUUCUAAAGCGGCGACAGAGGUCCUUCAGAUCCUUCACAAACGACGUACCAAGAGGUACGAUGCUGACCCGUCCACGCAUCCCGAGUACCAAAGAGAACGCCGUCUUUUCAUCGAUAGUUGUGCUGGGCUUGAUUCGUCCUCUCUCGACGUUGAUGGCUUCUUGAUAUACUGGAGGAGGAAGCUGAAGCAAAUGCUGGACGAUGAGUGGCACAACAAGAAAUCUAUUUGUCUGGCGAUACUGGCCAUGAUACUCGAAAACUGCGAUCCCUACAACUCGGCCCAAGCGACUCCUCGGCUCUUCAGUUACACGGAUGUUGACAUUGAAAGUGAAGACUUUCGGUUGCGUAACCGAAGUAUACAUCACGAAAAUUUUGUUAUCAUGGAGAAGUUGAUGUCAUUUAGCGUGACCCGUGAUCAGUGCUUGGACUUAUUACGAGACGUCAAGGUUAAUAAUGACAUGCUCCUCGACUUGCUGCUCAAGAAACGACUCGUUGAUGAAGGCAGCGAUGCUUUCUACGCAUCGCAUAGGGACUUUUGUUCUGUUGUUUCAACUCUGCGUCUUUUAUCUCAACUUCCUGAUGCUCUGGGGUAUCUUGCUUUCCAGGCUCAGAACUUACUCGACCAAAUCAUAUCCGCUAGAGCCGACUGCCUAAAUUUGCUCUCACUCUUCUCAUAUGACGAUAAAGUGGCGCUUAAGUUGGCCUUUGAGAAACUCAACGACAAAGAAUUGGUUCCCAAGUCACUUAUUGAGGAAGACCGAAUACAAGAAGCACGACUCAAACUUUCUGGCUUACUCUUCCGACUUUUAGAUUUUUCCGACUCAUUUUUCGAGUUGUGUGUCAACACCGACGCUGACGCUUCCGAGUUUAGUGAAAUAGUGCGGCUAGUGUACGAGCAUUUCGAUGACAGUUCGCUUGUUGCCAACGAGGAUUCCGUUAAAGUCUUGGGCGUGGCCGUGGCCCUCAGGAGCACCAUGUGCCGUUUCAAUCGGUAAUUCUGAAUCUGAAACCAUUUUUUGUGAGAAUUUAAUAUUUUUUUGCUAGAUUUACUUUUUUGUGAUCAGUUUGCUGUGGAUUCGGAAAUUGCUAAAAAAAUUAGCAAAUGUUAAACUAAUCUGUUUCACGUGUGGAAUUUGUUUCCAAAUAAUAAGUUGAAGUGAACUCAUUUAAAAAGGCAUGACUUUGCAGGUACGCUUUGGAUGUAUUAUGUGAAUAAGAUCCUUCGGCGUUUCAUGAGAAGUGAACCUCGCAUAAAAUAAAGAUGUAUAAAUUCAAA